AUGUCGGCCCCACUGGUCAAGGUGCUACACCGACUACAAGAGUUAUUCCAUAACGUGGUCGCCGCACUCGAAAGCAUGAUCCUCUUCCCCUCGCUCUUUCGCGGUCUUUCGCGACACCGACGAAAGACGUUCCUGGGCGCCCAUUGGAAACGCCGUAGCCUCGAUGACUUCGCCGAAGAAGUGGAGACCUCGUGCUCCACGCCGCUGUCAACGCGCAACAUGGUUGACAUGUCGGAGAAGAUCCGCACACAGUUCCGAGAAUGUCUACAGAAUAGUCCAUGUUGCAUGCUUCCAUCCUACGAUACCGCACUUCCCGCUGGCUCGGAAAAGGGCACAUAUCUGGCUUUGGACGUGGGCGGAUCGACGUUCCGCGUAGCUUUGAUCGAAUUGAACGGCCGGGAUGAGGAAGUACGCAUCCUGAAAGUAUCAUCGGUACACAUCGAUGAGAAACUCAAGAUGCUGGAGGGGACAUUGUUUUUCGAUUGGAUGGCAGAGCAGAUCGAAACCAUGCUGAUGGAAGUUGGAACGGACUACGGGCGUGGCGAUGUACCGCUGGCGAUGGGAUUGUCCUGGUCAUUCCCUAUUGAACAAACGUCGCACAGCAGCGGGUUGGUGAUACAUAUGGGUAAAGGAUUCAAGGCCUCCGAAGGCACGGUAGGCCAGGAACUGGGGAAUCUUAUUAUCCAGUCUUGCCGCAAGCGCAAUUUGAACGUAGAGGUUGCUGCUAUUCUGAACGACAGCUCAGCGGCUCUACUCUCGCGUGCCUAUGUCGAUCCCAAGACCCGCAUGUCUCUUAUCUUGGGUACCGGUACCAACAUGGCGAUCCACUUCCCGGUACAAGAGAUCGGACCGUCCAAAUUUGGAGUCCGUCCAGAGGGCUGGUUCGAUCACGCCAAGCAUGUUCUCAUCAACACCGAGAUGAGUAUGUUUGGCGGAGGCGUGCUGCCUACGACUCGGUGGGACGACAUCUUGAAUAGUACGCAUCUUCGUCCCAACUACCAGCCGCUCGAAUACAUAAUCACAGGUCGCUACUUGGGUGAGAUUGUGCGUCUGAUUAUCGUUGAGGCAACCGAGACCGCCCGCCUGUUCGGCGGCAAGCUACCAGAAUCCAUGCGCGAACCCUAUUCCUUUGAUACAAGCAUCGUCGCCUGCCUCGAGGAUGACUCUUCUGCCUCCCUUACCACCUCCGCCGCCCUCCUGCAAGAGCAGCAUACCUUUAACAACCCUCCCUCCGUCGAAGACCUUCGAUUUAUGCGCCGUAUCUCCCAAGCAAUCUCUCGCCGUGCCGCUGGAUAUCUGGCGACCGCCAUCCACAGCAUGUGGUGUCUCCGUAACGAGGUGGAAUUCCCCUCGCCCUCGUCCACCACCGACUUCCUCGCCAAAGAAUCACCCGAAAUCACCGUCAUCGAGAGCGGAGACUCAGAUAAGAGCCUUUCUAUCGCCUGCGACGGUGCCGUCAUCAACAAGUAUCCUGGCUUCCGUGCUACCUGUCAGAAAUAUCUGGAUCAGUUGACCGAGGACGCAUAUCCGGGCACUCGAUCCUCCAUUCGUCUCAAUCCGGCCCCGGAAAGCGCCAUUCUCGGCGCGGCAGUCGCAGUGGCAGUGUCUGUUGCUGGGAACUCCACUCAGCUGUAA